AUGGCUAUCGAAAGUGUUGGUGAAUCCAUUGUAUCUAAGAUCGCAGAACUCUUGGUGGAACCAGCAAUAAGGCAGUUCCGUUACAUGUUCUGUUUCAACAAUUUUGUUUAAGAAUUCAAUGAACAAAAGAAGAACCUGGCUUUGACACUAGAUCGUUUGCAAAAGGCUGUCGAAGUUGCUGAAAGGAAUGCUGAAGAAAUUGAGAAAGUUGUCAACAAAUGGCUGGAGGAUGCAAACAACGAAAUUAAAGGUGUGAAUCCUUUGGAAAAUGAAACGGGAAAAAAUGACAAAUGCUUUACUUGGUGUCCAAAUUGGAUACGACAAUUCAAGUUAAGCAAGGCACUGGCAAAGAAGACGGAGACUUUGAGAAACCUUGAAGAAAAUAGCAAAAAGUUUCCAACAGUGUCCCACAAAGCACCUCUUCAAGACAUAGAAUUUUUUCUUCCAUCAAAGGGUUUCACACCCUCAGAAUCAUCAAAAGAAGCUUUUGAACAAAUUAUGAAAGCUCUCAAAGAUGACAGUGUUAAUAUGAUCGGACUGUACGGCAUGGGAGGGGUUGGUAAAACCACCCUGGUGAAAGAAGUAGGCAGGAGAGCAAAAGAGUUGCGUCUUUUUGAUGAAGUUUUGAUAGCCACGGUGUCCCAGAAUCCAAAUGUCACAGACAUUCAGGAUCAAAUGGCAGAUAGUUUAGGUUUGCGUUUUGACGAGAAAAGUAAAAAAGGGAGAGCAGAUCGAUUAUGGCAGAGACUGCAGGGAAAGAAGAUUCUUAUAAUUGUAGAUGAUGUCUGGAGAGUUAUUAACCUGGAAGAGAUAGGGAUCCCAUUUGGUGAUGCUCACGGGGGUUGUAAAAUUCUUCUAACAACACGUCUUAAGGAUAUAUGUUCAUAUAUGGAGUGCCAGCAAAAUGUAUUGUUAAGUCUCUUAUCUGAAAAUGAAGCAUGGGCUUUAUUCAAAAUCAAUGCAGGUUUACAUGAUGAGGACUCUACCUUGAACACAGUGGCAAAGAAGGUUGCGAGAGAAUGUAAAGGAUUGCCUAUAGCACUUGUGACAGUGGGAAGGGCUUUAAGAGAUAAAUCUGCUGUUGAGUGGGAAGUAGCGUCUAAAGAGCUCAAAAACUCUCAAUUUCAGCACAUGGAACAAAUUGAUGAAGAAAAAAAUGCAUAUGCAUGUCUUAAGUUGAGUUAUGCUUAUUUGAAGCACGAGAAAACCAAAUUAUGUUUCUUGCUAUGCUGUUUAUUUCCAGAAGAUUACAACAUUCCAAUUGAGGACUUGACGAGAUAUGCAGUUGGCUACGGGUUACAUCAAGAUGCGGAGUCCAUUGAAGAUGCAAGGGAACGAGUUUAUGUGGAGAUAAAAACCCUCAAAGAUUGUUGUAUGCUGUUAGGAACUAAAAGUGAAGAAUAUGUGAAAAUGCAUGACUUGGUUCGUGAUGUUGCUAUUCAGAUAGCAUCAUCAGAAAAAUACGGAUUCAUGGUAAAGGCUGGCUUUGGGUUGAAGGAGUGGCCAAUGAGCAAUAAAAGCUUUGAAGGUUGUACUGUAGUUUCGUUAAUGGGCAAUAAACUAGCAGAACUUCCUGAAGAAUUGGUGUGUCCACAGCUCAAAGUUCUUUUAUUAGAACUGGAUGAUGAUUUGAAUGUUCCAGAGAGGUGUUUUGAAGGGAUGAAAGCAAUAGAAGUUUUGUCUCUACAUGGAGGGUGUUUGUCAUUGCAAUCACUUGAACUCUCAGCGAACCUUCAGUCGUUGCUGUUGAGAAGGUGUGAAUGCAAGGACCUCAAUUGGUUGAGAAAGCUGCAAUGACUUAAGAUUCUUGUUUUCAUGUGGUGCGACUCCAUUGAAGAAUUACCUGAUGAAAUUAGGGAGCUCAAGGAGUUAAGGUUGUUGGAUGUUACAGGUUGUGAAUUGCUAAGAAGGAUUCCUGUGAAUUUGAUUGCAAGGUUGAAGAAGUUAGAAGAACUGUUGAUCGGGGAUGAGAGCUUCAAGGGAUGGGAUGUUGUUGGAUGUGACAGCGCAGAAGGAAUCAAUGCAAGCCUAACAGAACUAAGUUCGCUGUCUCAUUUAGCUGUAUUAUCAUUGAUGAUACCGAAGGUUGAAUGCAUUCCCAUAGAUUUUGUUUUUCCCAGGUUGCUCAAAUAUGAUAUUGUGUUAGGGAAUGGGUAUUCAAUAACAGCAUACCCAACCUCGACAAGAUUAUUAUUGUCCUCUGAUCAGAUGACCACCCAUGGCCAUGGGUCGCAAAAGGACUUCUUACAAAGAUUAGAAUAUGUCAAAGUGAUAGAAUGUGGGGUUAUUCGCACUCUGUUUCCAGCAAAAUGGCGGCAAGCUUUGAAAAAUCUAAGGAGAGUGAAAACUUAUGACUGCAAAUCAUUGGAAGAGGUAUUUGAAUUGGGUGAGGUUGAUGAAGGAAUUAACGAGGAGAAGGAGCUGCGGCUGCUGUCAUCUUUAACAAGGUUACGGCUGUACCGGUUACCUGAGCUCAAAUGUAUUUGGAAGGGGCUCACUAGACAUGUCAACCUCCACAGCCUUUACAAACUGACAUUUAUCUUCACACCGUCCCUCGCUCAAAGUCUAAUUCAUCUGGAAACACUACGGAUAGAAAAUUGCAGUGGAUUGAAGCGUCUUAUCAGAGAGAAGGAUGACGAAGGAAUUAACGAGGAGAAGGAGCUGCCGCUACUGACAUCUUUAACAACGUUACGGUUGUCAGAUUUACCUGAGCUCAAAUGUAUAUGGAAGGGGCCUAGACAUGUCAGCCUCCAAAGUCUUAUUUAUCUGGAGUUGUUGUCUCUUAACAAACUGACAUUUAUCUUCACACCGUCCCUCGCUCGAAGUCUUAUUCAUCUGGAAACACUACAGGUAAAACAAUGCUAUGAAUUGAAGCGUCUUAUCAGAGAACAGGAUGGUGGUGACAGGGAAAUAAUUCCAGAGUCUCUUCGCUUCCCAGAAUUACAAACUCUCUCUAUAGGUGAAUGUGAUAAACUGGAACAUGUCUUUCCUGUCUCCGUGUCUCCAAGUCUUCUGAACCUGGAACAUAUGAUGAUUUCUUCUGCUUAUAAUUUAAAGCAAAUAUUUUACAGUGGAGAAGGAGAUGCACUCACUAGAGAUGGAAUCAUCAACUUCCCUCAGCUAACAAAAUUGUCUCUUUCAAGUUGCAGCUUUUUUGGUCCAAAGAGUUUUACUGCCCAAUUGCCUUCUUUGCAAGUGUUAACAAUUCAAGGCUACGAAGAAUCGGAUAAUUCGUUGGCACAACUACAAGGGUUAACAAGUUUGGAAAAAUUAUAUUUGUACUUUGUGUAUGUACCUAACAUGAGCUGUAUAUGGAAACGUCUCCCGCUUAGCAAUUUGACUAUUUUAGUGGUGAGGAACUGUAAGAGACUAAGAUAUGUAUUUACAGACAUCAUGAUUGCUAGUUUAGUUCAACUGAAAGAUCUAAAGAUAUCAACUUGUAAGGAUUUGGAGCAAAUAAUUGCUAAGAAUAAUGAUGAUGAAAAGAAUCAAAUAUUAUCAGGAAGUGAUCUCCAAUCUUUAUGCUUCCCCAAUUUGUGUCGACUUGAAAUUAGAAGAUGCAACAAGUUGAAGAGUCUCUUCCUAGUAGCCAUGACUUCAGGUCUCCCAAAGCUCCAAAUACUUAAAGUAAGUGAAUCCUCUCAACUAGUGGGAGUAUUUGGGCAGGAUGAUCAUGCUUCACCUGUUAAUGUUGAGAAGAAGAUGGUGCUCCCUUAUCUACAAAAGUUGUCUCUAAAAGAAUUACCAAGCAUUGUCUGCUUCAGUCUUGGGUGUUAUGAUUUCUUAUUCCCUUGUUUGGAGAAGUUGGAGGUGUAUGAAUGUCCAAACCUGACCACAAAAUUUGCUAUUAGAACAAAUGGUUCAAUGAGUGCUCAAUCAGAGGUAUCUCAAGUAGCUGAGGAUUCAAGAACUGGUUUCUUCGUGCCAACCACCACUCGUAGAAUGUGGACCCGAAAUAAUGGGUGGGGAGAGGAAGAGGAAUGGGAAGAUGAAGAUGAAGAUGAAGAGGCAGAGGAAUGGGAGUUGGAAGAGGAAGAUGAAGAUGAAGAUGAAGAUGAAGAUGAAGAUGAAGAGACAGAGGAAUGGGAGAUGGAAGAGGAAGAGGAAGAGGAAGAAGACGAGGAUGGAGGUGGUCAUGAUGAUUAA